AGCGAAUGCACACUAUAAAUUUGCCUUACUUUGACUUCAGCUCUGCUAUUAGAAACCAUCUAGGUCAGAAUAUUUAAAAAGUAAAUAAACUUUACGAAAAGUACUUCAACACAGUGGAGAAUAUACCAGUUUUCUUCAUUUAAUCAUUGCCAAAUAAUACCCGCUUACAAUGGAUAUGUUCAAGCCUAUGUCAUGGUAUAUUGGCAGCGAGUGGACAAUGCCUCGAAAGGGGUUGCGCAAACAUGUACUCUCUUUGGACAAUUUCAAGCAUUUGGAUAAACCGCAUUUGGUGUCUAAGGUUACAUUAAAGGUGGAGGAAGUACAUAAUUUGAAUGAACGUAAAAGUCGACACUUGGCCAAUGAAGUACUUGGUCUCGAGCAACUACUUGAAAUGGGUAAUGCGCUUACGCCGGUUGACUACUAUGUAGAACUGCUUGUGCGUCAAUUUGUAGUGGGUGAACGGGCUCGUUGCUUUAUUACUACAAAACGAGAAGAAAUAAGUUUUAUAAUGUCCCUGGUAAGCAUACAUGAAACAAAAGAAAUACAAAAACUAAGCGUGGCAGAAACUUACUCGCUAGCGUUGCGUUACAAAGAAAACGGUGUGACUAUGUUCAAGCAAUACCCACUCUUUGCGCACGACUAUUUCUCACGUGCUGCCAAGUGCUUGAUCUCGUAUAAACCUCACGAUAGCUUGUCUGCAUGUAUGGAUGGUGUGUCCCGUAAGAAUAUACAAAUGCUGUUCACCCAAAUACAAACAAAUUUGGCAGCUUGCUUGUUGUCUCAACACCGUUAUGAAGAUGUAAUAUAUCAAACAAAGUUUGUUGAAGAACAAUCGGAUGCAUCAGAAAAGAGUAUAUAUAGACGAGCAAUGGCAUUAUACCACCUUAAAGAAUUUGAAAAAGCAAGGCACACCAUCGAACAUAUUCGGAAUUAUCAAGAGAAAAAGGAAUUCGCCAAACUACAUCAACGCAUAACGGAAAGUUGGAAGUCUAGUAAUAAACAAUAUAAAAAUUUAGUAAAGCGCAUGUUUACCUAAAGUUCGUUGAAAGCAUUUAUUAAAAAGAAGGAUGUAAACUUGAUAUAAUGUGUUGACAUCGUGUGAUGUGUUAAAAUAAAAACUAAGUCUCACUAAGAACAUAUUCCAUUGUAAGCGUAUUCUUUAAUGUUAUAAUAUUUUUGUAGAUAUAUAUAUAUACUCAUGAAAAAUAAAAAGUGCGAUAUUUUGA